AUGAACGCCGAGCCCCAUGAUUUCCGUGAUCACAAAGCGCACAUGCAAUGGACGGUACUUGAAAAGCUCGGAAAGUUUCUGAAAACAUUCAAAUUUUGCAGAAGGAGCGAGAUGCGUACCGCGCGAAUGUUCCGCUCAUUCCGCAGGAUAUGUCAGGCGGUUCGCGCAGCCAGUCCGCCACGUCGACAGUCCUCCAGAAGGCCCUCAACAAUCCGCUCGUGCCGCUCGGCAUGCUCACAACCGUGGGCUGUCUCGUCGGAAUGAUGGUGGCCUCGUUGCGUCGGAGUUCCCGCGAUGCGCAGUACUUCAUGCGCGGCCGCGUCGUCGCGCAGGGCUUCACAGUGGCGGCGCUCGUCGGCGGAGCAGUCAUGUUCGGCAUCGGAGCACCGACGGAAGAUGCUCUGCGCGCCCCGGCCAAAGGACAGCCCAACGUCGUCGCAUUGACCCCUCCGGUCGCCGCCGCCAAUCACUGA